GUUCUUUGAAUCAAAAUAAAUAAAUUCACACAUUGCAACCUUCGGCUAACAUCUGUGAACAAUGAGGCCUUAUUUGGUCCGCUGGAUGAAACAAUGUAUUUUGUCGCUUCUGGCUACCCAUCUGGCCCAUGUGUUGGCACAGGACUGCUAUAAGAACCCAUAUGAUAGGGACCCGCCUGUGAAAGACCUAGUUUUGGCCGCUGAAUGCAAGCCGUAUGAAACAUACGGAUGUGGUGGUGCAGAUCCGCACUGUGGAGAAAACAGAUGUGGGGCGGGUCCAGAACCAGCAGGUUUGGAUUGCAAUUUAACCUGCAUAAAGGGUUGCUGGUGUACCGGAAACUUGUACCGCCGCCCGAAGGACAACCUAUGUGUCACCAGCAACGAAUGCUGAGUGCUAUCCUAACCUCCGUAUUCACAAAUGCAUCUUAACUUGACGCCCGAGCUUGACUCAAUUUAAAUGGCCCCUGUCGUGAACGCAUCAAAGGAAUCUCAGUGACCGUCUUGGGCGCGUUCAAACAAGGCAUCAUUUAUAUUAAGUCAAGCAUGAGCUUCAAAUUAAGAUGCAUUUCGGAAUACGGGGGUAAGACUAGAGAACUAUUUUACUACAUGUAAUAAGAAAUACUGAUCAAUGUUUUGUUUCCCAGUUCACCAAACAAACGCUCUAUGAAUGUGCUAACGCUAGGCAAACCUAAAGCAUUACAGCAAUAAAGACGUUUCACAAGCA